AUAAAUCAGCUGGCAACUCAAAACAUUUGUAACUAAAUGUUAGUGUUUUUGGGGCUUGGACAAAUAUUUUAAAGAAAUGAGUAGUUUUAAUUUAAAUUCUGGUAAUACGGAGUUUAAUGACCGACAAAAAAAGGUUUUUGACCAAUUACUGGUGUUAGAAAAUAACCGAAAGAGUUUACCGUCAGAGGAAAGCAAUAGGAAUGACCAAAGACCCAACAGGGACAACAGAAGGGCCCAAAAAAGUGAAACUAAACACUUUAGGGGCAAAGAAAGUAUGUUUAAAAGACCGCAAAAUCCCGCACCUAGAAACUACAUCAACAAGAUACCAGACUUUAAAAAAAACCCUCAUAAGUGGACCAAAUAUUCCCUGGAGGACGUCCAGGAUGUCACAGAGGAAAGUAACACGAAAUCUGCCAUGGAUUUCUUAAAACAAUUGGCAGAAAGACGGAAAGCCGAACAAGGCAUAAUUGAAGAGCCAAAACUCACUGAACUUCCAAGCAAGAUUGUCUUUAAUACACAUAUAAAAACAAGAAAAGACACAGCACAGGAGGAUCAAGAUAAUAAAAUGUCAUUCUCAAGUUCAAAGCUCAUAAUGCCAGAGUAUGUUAUAGGACAAAAUGCCGUUAAGAAAAGCAAGAGUAGUAAGAAAAAUAAACCGGAGAAGGGAGUGGAACUGAAACUGGAUCAUUUAAGUUACGAGGAUGAAUAGUUUUAAGGCAAUUUUGUAUGUAUAUAGUUGUCACGAUAUAUGGCUUUAGAUUAAAAAUGUAAUAUUUAUAAUAUGAGUUAUAUGACGUAAUUAUGUUGUGAUUCAUGAAGAAAUUAAAAUAAAAAAAAGUUGGCUGAAGGA